UACCCACGUAUUAAGAAGUUGGAAAAAAUCGGAGUCUAUUCAUCUUGCAAGGAUGAUAAUUGCAAAUGUAAUGGUUGGAAAAAUGCACAAUCAACGUCAAAUUCUGGUGAGAACCAAACAAGUAGCCAACAAUUAACGACCACUGUAACACUACAAGACCCAUGUCGCGCAUGUAAUCAUCCACUUUCUACACAUGUUAAGCAUUUAGAUGCAGCUAAGGAUGAUGAAAUCAACAGACUGCUUAGCAUGAUUGUUGAUGUUGAAAAUCUUGUUGUUUGUGUUCAAAAAGAAGAAGAUACCGAUACAAAACAAGUUUAUUUUUAUUUAUAUCGGCUUCUACGAAAAUGUACUCUGCAAACUAGCCGACCAGUAAUUGAAGGUCCACUUGGUUCACCUCCAUUCAGCCAACCUAGUAUUGGGAAAGCUGUUACCAACUUUAUUAUUUACAAGUUUGGCCAUUUACCACAAAAGGAGUUUCAGAUCAUGCAUGAGUUAGCAAAGACAUUUAUUUACUGUUUGAAUCAAGAGACUCUUGAAACUCCAUCAACAAGAACCUCACGUGGCCAAGCUGAUGAUUUUAAUGAAUAUAAGAUGAAUUAUACGAGAUGGCUAUGUUACUGUCGUGUACCAAAGUUUUGUGAAAGUCUCGUCCACCAUGCUACAGUUGAUACAAGUCCCGGCACACCUGGUAGUUUUCCAAGUUUGUUUUCCAUGACAUCACCAAUGGGAAGUCUUCAAACACCAAUUGCUGUUACACCAAGUGGGAAGCGUCGAGCUGACAGUGGUACUCAGUCCUCCGAUGAUGCCAAGCGUGCUCGCUCAUCCAUGCAAUCUGACAACGAUAACACACAACAAGAUUUUUCACUCGAAGUUAUUAACGAGGUGGUCAAUAUGAUAACUGAUCCUGCUCAAAUGUUGGGUCCUGAGGCGGCUAACCUGUCAUCACAAUCAGCUAGAGAUGAAGCUGCACGACAGGAAGAAAGGCAAGGUCUCAUAGAGUUUCAUGUCGUAGCUAACUGUGCCAAUGCCUCCCGUCAAAUCCUCACAUGGCUGGUUGAGAUACAGAAUGUAUUCGCACGUCAGCUGCCAAGGAUGCCACGAGAUUACAUUGCUCGUUUGGUGUUUGAUACAAGGCAUAGGACUUUAGCUUUAGUGAAAGAGGGUCGCGUUAUUGGUGGAAUUUGUUUUCGAAUGUUCCCAUCGCAAAGGUUCACAGAGAUUGUAUUCUGUGCUGUGACAUCCAAUGAACAGGUUAAAGGGUAUGGAACGCAUCUUAUGAACCAUUUAAAGGAAUAUCACAUUAAACAGAGUAUGUACCACUUCCUCACCUAUGCUGAUGAAUACGCUAUCGGUUACUUUAAGAAGCAGGGUUUCAGCAAAGAGAUAAAAGUCCCACGAUCUGGAUAUGUGGGGUACAUUAAAGAUUACGAAGGUGCCACUCUAAUGGGAUGUGAAUUAAACCCAAGGAUUCCUUACACUGAGUUUAGUAAUAUAAUAAGAAAGCAAAAAGAAAUUGUAAAGAAACUGAUUGAGAAAAAGCAGCAACAGAUCAGCCAAGUUAUGCCCGGUCUAACUUGCUUUAAAGAUGGGGUUCGUCAGAUACCUAUAGAAAGCAUACCUGGCAUAAUGAACACUGGAUGGAAACCAAAUAGCGACGGCAAACGAAAAGAAAUCGUGGAAUCUGUUGAAAGUUUGUUUGCACCUCUGAAAGCUAUAGUGCAAAGCAUGAGGAGUCACAGCAGUGCAUGGCCCUUUCUUGAACCCGUUAAAAAAUCGGAGGUUCCUAACUACUAUGACGUCAUAAAAUCGCCUAUGGAUUUGAAAACGUUGAACGAACAAGUCCGUUCUAAGCAAUAUUCAACGAAAGCCCAGUUCGUUACCGACGCUCAAAAAAUCUUCGACAAUUGCCGCAUAUUUAACUCGCCCGAAUCUGAUUACUUUAAGUGCGCAAACACCAUGGAAAAUUUUUUCUAUAACAAAUUACGCGACCAUGGUCUUGUAGAUGGCAGAUGAUAUGAUGUUAUGUCAUUUCAACAUGGUUUUAAAAAACAGACGUAGACUAGCAGAAUGUUUUCCAUUCUUUUCGUGCUGUUUUUUAUACACGACGUGCAUUACGUGUUCGAAACAUAUAAUUAUAUGCGAUUUUUGCAUGAUUCGAGAACAUCAGAUAAGAAAUAAUAAAGACGCACACAAGCAGAAUGUUUUUGUUUUUUUCCUUUUGUUUUAAAUACACGAAGUGCAUUUGGCAUUCUAAAAGCAGUUUCAAAUUCCAGUAUAAACUUUCGCCGUUUUGUUUGUGAACAUUGAGCUCAAACUUAUUUUUGUGACAACCUAGCUUAUUUAAUAAAAGCACAUAUAUACUUUAAAUGUGUUUAACUUAAUGUUGCAACCCUGUACAACAAUGUUAGAAAACAUAUGCCGUACUACUGUCCCAAACAGUUUUGUGUCACACAUUUAUCCUUACGUGGUGGGUGGACUUUAGAAGUUGUAACUAACGGGCCAAUGCGGUUGUCUUUUUCUUCUCGUUUAAGAUUUUCUAUAGUUUUACAGUGUGGUGUAUAAUAUACCAAAGAAAACACAUG